CGACUUUUAUAAAAGCCGCCUCCCCUCGCCGUUGCCGGACACUGCCAAAAAGCAGGGGCCGCCAAGCUCCGCUCCGCUCGCCAUUGUCGUCCGGUGAAGCUGCCAAGGAGGAAGAAGCAAUGGCCCGUUGUGGGGUCGCCGUUCUCGUGCUGAUCCUGCUCGUCUGUGUCGCUGCGGCGGCCGCUGGCGGUAGGGAUCACCACCACCGGCGGGGCAGCAGGGCGUCGGCGCGGCUGCAGCUGGUGCCCGCCGCCCCGGGCGCGUCGCUGGCCGAGCGCGCGCGGGACGACCGGCACCGGCACGCCUACAUCUCCCGGAGGCUGGCGUCGUCGGCGUCGUCUAGCCGGCGGCGCGCGGCCGAGACGUCGACGGCCCCGGGGCCGGAGGCGUCGGCGUUCGCGAUGCCGCUGACGUCGGGCGCGUACACGGGCACGGGGCAGUACUUCGUGAAGUUCCGCGUGGGCACCCCCGCGCAGCCCUUCGUGCUCGUCGCCGACACCGGCAGCGACCUCACCUGGGUCAAGUGCCGCGGCGCGUCCUCGCCGUCGGCCGCGUCCCCGUCGGGCUCGCCGCGCGUGUUCCGGCCCGCCGACUCCAAGUCUUGGGCGCCCUUCCCGUGCUCCUCCGACACGUGCAAGUCCUACGUCCCCUUCUCCCUCGCCAACUGCUCCGCCGGCACCGCCCCCUGCGCCUACGACUACAGGUACAAGGACAACUCGUCGGCCCGCGGCGUGGUGGGCACGGACGCGGCCACCGUCGCGCUGUCCGGCUCCAGCGGCGGCGGCGCGGACAGGAAGGCCAAGCUGCAGCAGGUGGUGCUGGGCUGCACCACCUCCUACGACGGCCAGAGCUUCCAGGCCUCCGACGGCGUGCUCAGCCUCGGCAACAGCAACAUCUCCUUCGCCGCCCGCGCCGCCGCGCGCUUCGGCGGCCGCUUCUCCUACUGCCUCGUCGACCACCUCGCCCCGCGCAACACCUCCAGCUACCUCACCUUCGGCCCCGACGCCAACGGCGCCGCUUCAUCGUCGAGGACGCCGCUGCUGCUCGACGCCCAGGUGGCCCCGUUCUACGCCGUCACGGUCGACGCCGUCUCCGUCGCCGGGGAGGCCCUCGACAUCCCCGCCGAGGUGUGGGACGUCAAAAAGAGCGGCGGCGCCAUCCUCGACUCCGGCACCAGCCUGACCAUCCUCGCCACCCCGGCGUACAAGGCCGUCGUGGCCGCGCUGAGCAAGCAGCUCGCGGGAGUGCCGCGGGUGACCAUGGACCCGUUCGAGUACUGCUACAACUGGACGGCCACGAGCACGCCGCCGGCCGUCCCGAAGCUGGAGGUGCGGUUCGCCGGGUCGGCGCGGCUCCAGCCGCCGACCAAGAGCUACGUCAUCGACGCGGCGCCCGGCGUCAAGUGCAUCGGGCUGCAGGAGGGCGUGUGGCCCGGGGUGUCCGUCAUCGGCAACAUCCUGCAGCAGGAGCACCUCUGGGAGUUCGACCUCGCCAACCGCUGGCUUAGGUUUAAGGAGAGCCGUUGUGCACAGUAAUUAAUUGUUAGGCAGCAAAGUAGUCAUUUCUUCUGAUUCCGUUCUCGUUCUUUCCCGUAAGGGUCUCGCUGAUUCUGUAAGGCUCUUUCAUAAGCAAGUGUUAAUGAAAAUGGGAUGAAGAUAUCUGAAGUUGAAACAGGAUAAUGCAAGUUUCUGA